AUGUCUGACGACGAUUUUAUGCUCGAGGACGACGAAGAAGACUACAACUUUGAAUAUGAUGACGAUGAGCAGGAAGAACCUGACGUUGAUCUUGAAAAUAAAUACUAUAAUGCUAAAGCACGGAAAGAGGAUGACCCUGACGCAGCCAUAAAAGAGUUCCAAAGUGUAGUCGAGACAGAAUCAGAAAAAGGUGACUGGGGUUUCAAAGCAUUAAAACAAAUGUGUAAACUCUCAUUUCGUGCCAACGAUUUUGCUUCGACGCUCAAGUACUACAAGGAACUUCUCACCUAUACAAAAUCAGCUGUCACACGAAAUUAUGGCGAGAAGAGUAUCAACAAUAUUUUAGAUUUUAUUUCUACCUCGCAGGAUAUGGGAUUUAUGGAGGAAUUUUAUUCGACAACAUUAAAUGCACUGGAAGAAGCUAAAAAUGAUCGUCUAUGGGUCAAGACUAAUUUGAAAUUGGCAAAACUUUGGCUUGAUCGUAAAGAAUUUACGCGUCUGAAUAAAAUAUUACGACAACUUCACCAAUCAUGUCAAAAAGACGAUGGUACGGAUGAUCAAAGAAAGGGAACACAUUUGCUGGAGAUCUUUGCACUGGAGAUUCAAAUGUAUACUGAGACCAAGAAUAAUAAGAAAUUGAAGGCACUUUAUCAACAAUGUCUACAUGUAAAAUCUGCUAUACCGCAUCCACGUAUAAUGGGUGUAAUUCGAGAAUGUGGUGGCAAGAUGCACAUGGGUGAAAAGGAAUGGGAUAAAGCUCAAACUGAUUUCUUUGAAUCAUUCAGAAACUAUGACGAGGCUGGUAGUCCGCAGCGUAUACAAGUAUUGAAAUACCUGGUGCUCGCAAAUAUGUUAACAGAAUCACAGAUCAACCCAUUUGACUCGCAAGAGACCAAACCUUACAAAAAUGAUCCACAAAUCGUCGCAAUGACAAACUUGGUGAGUGCAUAUCAACGAAGGGAGAUUCGAGAAUUUGAGAAAAUUCUUCGAGAUAAUCGAUCAACAAUUAUGGAUGACCCCUUCAUCAGAACAUACAUUGAUGAUGUUCUUAAGAAUAUUCGUACUCAGGUGCUUUUACGUCUGAUCAAACCAUACACGCGUAUUGAAAUACCAUUUAUAUCAAAGCAAUUGAACAUUCCGGCACAAGACGUAGAAGAGUUACUAGUAGGACUGGUGCUUGACAAUAAGAUAUCUGGAAGGAUUGAUCAAGUGAAUCAACGAUUGGAGCUAUAUAGACAAUCGACGGAUACUCAACGCUACACAGCGAUCGAUAAAUGGUCAACAAACGUGGGAACUUUGUAUAAAACUUGUAUCAAUAGGGUGUCUUGA